AUGCCAGUGUAUCGGACAAUUACGAAGAAACUGCGUCAGGAGAACUUAUACGAAGAUUACGAAACAGUUUUCAAUGACUGGCUUUCUGAAGGCAUUAUUAAAAAGAUACCAAAAAGUGAAAUUGAAAAAAAAAGUUAUUAUCUUCCACAUAGGCAUGUUGUUAAAGAAGGAAGUACGACCAGAAUUAGACCCGUUUUCGAUGCUUCAGCGAAAACGAAAGACUCCCCAUCGUUGAAUCAAUGUUUAGAAACGGGUCUUAACCUACUUGAGCUUAUUCCGGCCAUGUUGCAUCGUUUCCGAGAGAGAAAGAUAGGAGUAUCAGCAGACAUCGCAAAAGCCUUUCUUCAGAUAAGUAUCACUCAGUCUGAUAGAGAUGUACUAAGGUUUCUAUGGUGGGAUACUCAAGGAAACAUUAUAACAUACAGACAUCGUAGAGUUGUCUUUGGCGUAUCAAGUAGCCCUUUUUUAUUAGCAGCAACUAUUGAGCUACAUAUUGAGCGAAGUUCCAAUGCUACCAGUUCUACAUCUAGAGAAGUUAUCUGUAAAAAACUAGAAAAGUCAUUUUAUGUGGAUGAUUGUGUCACAAGCGUUGAUUCAGAGACUGAUUUGCAAACUUUUCAAAAGGAAGCUGUUUCUCUAAUGAGUGAAGCGAAAUUCGAUUUGAGAAAAUGGACGUACUCUGGUAUGAAGAGCCAAUAUAGACAGACUACAGUACUCGGCCUUCUAUGGGACACUGAAAAAGAUACUUUGGCAUUGUCAGGAUUCCCACUGAACACAAUACCAGAGAAAAUUACGAAAAGGAUUGUACUUUCAUCGACGUGUAAAGUGUUUGACCCCUUAGGAAUUAUCUGUCCUGUGAUACUCAAACCGAAAUUAAUGUUACGACGUUUAUGGGAUCAACACUUAGACUGGGACACAAAAAUAGAUCAAGAUAACGAGAAAGAAUUUCUUGAAUGGAUGCAGCAGUUAAAUCUUCUUCAAAUCUUAAAGAUACCUCGUUGGAUUUUUGGUACACAACGAGAUAAAGAUUCUAUAACAUUCCAUGUUUUUGUGGACGCAAGUCAGGAAGCCUACGCUGCAGCUCUAUUUAUACGAGUAGAGUCAGAUCUAGAAGUUAAAGUGCAUCUAGUAGAAGCUAAAUCGAGAGUAGCGCCACGAGAGAAGAAAACAAUACCGCGUCUUGAAUUACUCGCCGCUACCAUUGGAGCAAGAUUAAUGCAUUCUUUCGACCAGGCAACAAAUUAUAAACAUAUUAAAAGAUACUUUUGGAGCGAUUCCACUACCGUUUUGUCCUGGAUACGUCGAGAGAAACAAUGGACAGUUUUCGUAUGGAACCGAGUACAAGAAAUAAGAAAGCUCACUGAUCCAAAUUCUUGGAGAUACGUACCGGGAAAGUUGAAUCCGGCAGACUUGCCUUCUCGAGGCUGUGACGUACAAAAAUUUCUCGAAAUUAAAUGGUGGGAAGGCCCAUCCUGGUUGAGAUUAACCCCUGAAAAAUGGCCAAAAGAAGAUGAAGAAGUCAACGAAACGUCGGUCAAUGAAGAACUUCGGAAAACGCCUAUGCGACCACAGAAGGCACUCUUUAAAGAAAAUGAAAAUGUAAUCUUGAGUAACUUAAUUGAGAAUUCUAGAGAAGAAAAUAUUCCGUGGUAUUUACAAAGGUAUUCAUCGUAUGUUAAAACUUUACGUUUAAUUGCUUGGAUAUCAAGAUUCCUCAACAACAGUAGGAAGAUUCAGGUAAUCAACAAUGAGAAAAUAACUGCCAAAGAGAUCAUCGCAGCUGAGUUGCUUCUAUGUAGACUAGCUCAGAAAGAAUCAUUCAAAGGAGCAAAAGAUCCACGGUUACAAAAAUUAAACGUAUUCGAAGAUAAAGGACUUCUGCGUACGAAAACGAUUAUCUCUAAUCGACAAGAUAAUUUCGAUUUUAAAAAUCCAAUAAUUCUCGACACUAAACAUUUGUUGACGGAGAGGAUCAUUCACUAUACACAUGUGAAGCUGAAUCAUGCGGGUAUCAACAUCACAAUGAAUAAUCUGCAUGAAAAGUUCUGGAUUAUUCAAACUCGUAAAGCGAUACGUUCCGUUAUCUACAAAUGUAAGAUAUGCCGCGGACACUCUGCAAAAAUAAUGGAAGCCCCUCCUGCAGUUUUACCAGAAGAUAGAGUAAGAGAUGCCAAUACAUUUGAAAAAACAGGCAUCGAUUUUGCAGGGCCGCUUUUCUUAUCUGACGGACAUAAGGCAUACAUUUGUCUUUUCACAUGUGCUGUUUAUCGAGCAAUACAUAUAGAGCUCGUUACCACAUUAUCAAUGGAAGGUUUUUUCGAAGCCCUCAGGCGAUUUAUAGCACGCAGAGGAAGACCAUCUAUUAUCUAUAGUGAUAAUGGAAGAAACUUCGUGGGAGCAUCGAAUCUCUUAAAAAGAAUUAACUGGAAGAAGAUUGCUAGGUACGGAGCUAUUAACAAAAUAGAAUGGUAUUUUAACCCACCUUCAGCUGCUUGGUGGGGAGGAUGGUGGGAGCGCUUAAAGGACCUACUGAAAAGGACAUUGGGAAGAACCUCACUCAAUUAUGAGGAGAUGUUCACAGUUUUAUGUGAUUGUUAG